CAGAUGCUUCCAUGGAAGCUAUUGCUGCGGUAGCUUACCUUAAAGUAACAGAUCGAAAUGGAAAGCAUGAGGUUGGUUUCGUCCUUGGAAAGGCUAAACUAGCUCCACAGCCUGAGCUGACUACCCAGAUUGGAGCUCUGCGCCGCGGUGUUAGCCGUUGAGAUUGCCGAACUAAUUGUUGAAGAAAUAGAUCUGAAACCAGACACCAUCAGAUUUUACACUGACAGCAAGGUAGUGCUUGGCUAUAUCUACAAUCAAACUAGACGAUUUUACGUAUAUGUGAGUAAUAGGAUCCAACGCAUCAGACAGUCCACCCAGCCGGGACAAUGGAGCUACGUUCCCACGGAACUUAAUCCUGCUGACCACGGCUCACGGUCUGUUCCUGCAGACCAGCUCGCCAGCACCACAUGGCUAACAGGACCAGCAUUCCUGUACGAUUCAUCAGGACAGGUCUCUGAAGAAGCUUCAUUUGACCUCAUCGAUCCUGAGUCUGACACCGAGAUCCGCUCUCAGGUGACUGCCCUUGUCACUGAAGUUUGAGAAUCAGCUGAGGUCAAAACGCUUUGAGCGUUUCUCCAACUGGAAAUCUCUCACGCAAGCAAUUGCCAGACUUCAUCACAUUGCUCACUGCUUUACUCGUCCAUCACCUGACAGCAACUGUGUUGGUUGGCACAUCUGCAAGAAAGGCCUGUCAGAGGUUGAGCUUUUAAAGGCUAAGAACAUUAUUAUUCAGAACGUUCAGCGUGAAGUCUACCUUAAAGAAUUAAAAUGUAUCGCCGCUCAGCGCGAUCUUCCCACACAGAGUCCACUCCUGAAGCUUCAUCCCAUCAUCGACAGCGACGGCCUGCUACGCGUAGGAGGACGCAUAGUACAGUCAGGUCUGGAAAAAACAAACCCUCUCAUCAUCCCAAGCCACAAUCACGUUGCUACCUUGCUUGUACGCUAUCACCACGAAGAAGUGAAACACCAGGGCAGGCAUUUUACAGAAGGUGCUAUCCGAGCUAGCGGAUUAUGGAUAAUCGGAGCCAAGAGGUGCAUCAGCAGCGUUAUCCAUAGAUGUGUAUCUUGCCGGAAACUGCGAGGAAGAAGAGAAGAGCAACAAAUGGCUGACCUACCUGCUGAACGUCUGCAAACGGAACCUCCCUUCUCUUAUGUGGGGCUUGAUGUUUUCGGGCCAUGGGAAGUCACCUCAAGACGUACUAGGGGUGGCCAAGCUAAUAGCAAAAGGUGGGCAGUACUUUUCACCUGCAUGUGCACCAGGGCUAUCCACAUUGAAGUAGUGGAAUCAAUGAGCUCUUCGAGUUUCAUAAAUGCAUUACGAAGAUUCUUCUCCAUCAGAGGUCCCGCCAAACAGCUACGAUCAGACUGCGGUACCAAUUUCGUUGGUGCUUGUAAGGAAAUGAAGCUGGAUUCUCCAAGCCCGGACCAGACAAGAGUGGAGAAGUUUCUCCGCGAUCGGAGAUGUACCUGGGUGUUCAAUCCCCCACACUCAUCGGCACAUGGGAACGGAUGAUUGGGAUUGCACGGCGCAUCCUGGAUUCCAUGCUCCUUCAGGUCGGACGUCCUCAGCUAACGCACAAGGUACUAAUCACGCUUAUGGCAGAGGUCACUGCCAUAGUAAACGCAAGACCUUUAGUUCCCGUGUCGUCGGACCCUGAAUCGCCUCUCAUCUUGACCCCAUCUAUGCUUCUGACACAGAAGAUUGGUGCACCACCUUCCCCACAGGUUGACUUUGUCAAAGGAGACCUGUUCAAGAAUCAGUGGAAACGGGUGCAAUACCUGGCCAAUACCUUCUGGGAUAGAUGGCGGAGUGAGUACCUCAGUACUCUGCAAGGCCGCAGGAAAUGGCAGUUUAAAAGGCCCAACCUUAAGGAAGGCGACAUUGUCUUGAUGAAAGAAAGUCAGACGAGGAGGAACGAAUGGCCAAUGGGAAUCAUUGUGAAGACUUUCCCCAGCAAGGACGGAAUGGUCAGGAAAGUGGAGGUGAAGGUUGUCAGGCAAGGGACAACAAAGACCUUCUCAAGACCCAUCUCAGAAGUAGUCCUUCUCUUGUCUCCAGAAGAUAACUGAGAUAUGUAUGUUUUAGUUAAUAGUGGAAUUUUAGCAAUUCCAGACGGGGAGUGUUCUGGACUCGCUUUAUGUUUAGUGCCACCUAGUGGUAAUUCUCAUUAUUCUCCAGUAAAGCAACUACUUCCUGUGUUAUGUUAGGUUAUAGGAAGUGAGAACCUAGAGGUUUGGAGACUUACAGUUUAUACAUGAGGCUAGUGUUGUGCAAUGCUUGGCAACAAUCCUGCGUCAUCCUCACUGCAUAGUUCUUAAGAGAGCAAUAUCUGUAAGUACGUUUAUUAUUUACACAGAUAUCAUUGAUAUUAACAUAUUAUUACUGAAUUAAGUCAUUAUUUUUGACAUGUUUUUAAGAUGUUUUUCAUUGAUGUUAUUUAGCAUGUAAGCUGCAUCGGAUAAGCAGCUAGUUAGCUAGCUAGCUAUUUAGUACUAGUUAUUCGUAGCUACUGCAAUACUUACCUUAUACUCAUCUGUUUUAUGUGUGGUUCAUGCUGUUAUUUUACUGCACUUAGGCAGCGUCAUGUGAAUAUUACUUAUAUUGUUGUGAGAAUGAAUACUUACAUGAGUAUGCAUUUGUGAUUUGUAUUUGCAGUUUCACACUUUUAUUCAAGUAAAGCCUCUAAAGAUACACCCUGUCUCUUGGAGAAUCAUUUGAAUGAGUGUUUAGCUGACUGGAUAGUUGGAUACGAGUUACAUUCAUCGAGGCCAGUACAGUUUCGGCCUGUGUUUAGAAAAUAAACACAUAAAGUGAUCAUUAAGGUUCUGUUCUGAAAGUGCUGCAGAAAUGUUUAGUGUUUUAAGUUUGUUUUUACUGGAGAAAAUGUGAAGGAAGUCUCUAACCCUUUCAUUUUAAUUAAUUUACUUAAUUUCAAUUUAAUUAUGUACAUAUUUUAUGAUUGUAUUUAAUAAAUG